CCCGCGGGGGGGGUGCCUCUCCUGCCGCGCGGUGGUGUGUGCUCGCAGUCCGACCGUCCACGUCCCGAUCCCCAGAGCCGCAACAUGUCCAAGCCCCUGUCCGACCACGAGAGGAGGAAGCAGAUCUCGGUGCGCGGCCUCGCCGGCGUGGAGAACGUGGCCGAGCUCAAGCAGAGCUUCAACAGGCACCUCCACUUCACGCUGGUCAAGGACAGGAACGUGGCCACCAGAAGGGAUUACUACUUCGCCCUCGCCAACACGGUGCGCGACCACUUGAUUGGCAGAUGGAUCCGAACCCAGCAGCACUACUACGAGAAGGACCCCAAACGCGUCUACUACAUCUCACUGGAGUUCUACAUGGGCCGUUCCCUCCAAAACACCAUGGUGAACCUGGCCCUGGAGAACGCCUGCGACGAGGCCACGUAUCAGCUGGGUCUGGACAUGGAGGAGCUGGAGGACAUGGAGGAAGACGCCGGCUUGGGCAACGGGGGCCUGGGCCGCCUGGCCGCCUGUUUCCUGGACUCCAUGGCUUCAUUAGGCCUGGCUGCCUAUGGUUACGGCAUCCGCUACGAGUUUGGCAUCUUCAAUCAGAAAAUAGUCAACGGCUGGCAGGUGGAGGAGGCCGAUGAUUGGCUGCGCUAUGGCAACCCCUGGGAGAAGGCACGUCCCGAGUACAUGCGUCCCGUGCACUUCUACGGCAGGACCGAGCAUCACCCGGACGGCGUGAAGUGGGUCGACACGCAGGUGGUGCUGGCUCUGCCCUACGACACCCCCGUGCCCGGCUACAGGAACAACUACGUCAACACCAUGAGGCUGUGGUCCGCGAAGGCGCCCUGCGAGUUCAACCUGAAGGACUUCAACGUCGGCGGCUACAUUCAGGCCGUGCUGGACAGAAACCUGGCGGAGAACAUCUCCCGCGUGCUGUAUCCCAACGACAAUUUCUUUGAAGGGAAGGAGCUCCGUCUGAAGCAGGAAUACUUUGUGGUGUCUGCCACCCUGCAAGAUAUCAUCCGCCGUUUCAAGGUCUCUAAGUUUGGCUCCAGGGAGAUCGCGCGCACAGACUUCAGCAAACUACCUGACAAGGUUGCCAUUCAGCUGAAUGACACUCACCCCGCCAUGGCUAUUCCUGAGCUGAUGAGGGUUCUGGUUGACGAGGAGAAGCUGCAGUGGGAAAACGCCUGGGACAUCUGUGUUCGCACCUGUGCCUACACCAAUCACACCGUCCUUCCUGAGGCUCUGGAGCGCUGGCCUGUUGACCUGUUUGCUCAUCUGCUGCCCCGUCACCUGGAAAUCGUGUACGAGAUCAACCGCCGCCACCUGGAGAAGGUUGCGGCUAAAUAUCCUGGAGAUAACGGCCGCCUGAGCCGCAUGUCCCUCAUUGAGGAGGGCGGACAGAAGAGGAUCAACAUGGCCCAUUUGUGCAUCGUGGGCUCUCACGCCGUGAACGGCGUGGCCCAGAUACACUCCGACAUCCUCAAAGUCACUGUGUUCAAGGACUUCUACGAAAUGGAGCCGGAGAAGUUCCAGAACAAGACCAACGGCAUCACUCCCCGCCGCUGGCUCGUCAUGUGCAACCCCGGGCUGGCGGAGGUCAUCGCAGAGAGGAUUGGUGAAGACUUCAUUCGUGACCUUGACCAGCUGAGGCGUCUCCUCAACUUUGUCAAUGACGAGGCCUUCAUCCGUGACGUGGCCAAAGUGAAGCAGGAGAACAAGCUGAAGUUCACGGCUCACUUGGAGGAGCACUACAAAGUGAAGAUCAAUCCCAACUCCAUGUUCGACAUCCAAGUCAAGAGAAUCCACGAGUACAAGAGGCAGCUGCUCAACUGUCUGCACAUCAUCACCUACUACAACCGCAUCAAAAAGGACCCCAACAAGCAAUGGACUCCAAGAACUGUGAUGAUCGGAGGAAAGGCUGCUCCUGGAUACCACACUGCCAAGAUGAUUAUCCGUCUGAUUACAGCGAUCGGUGAAGUGGUCAACAACGAUCCGGUGAUUGGAGACCGCCUCAAAGUCAUCUUCCUGGAGAACUACAGAGUCACGCUGGCCGAGAAAGCCAUCCCUGCCGCCGACCUGUCGGAGCAGAUCUCCACCGCCGGCACCGAGGCCUCCGGCACGGGCAACAUGAAGUUCAUGCUGAACGGCGCCCUCACCAUCGGCACCAUGGACGGCGCCAACGUGGAGAUGGCCGAGGAGGCCGGGGAGGAGAACCUCUUCAUCUUCGGCAUGAGGGUGGACGACGUGGAUGCGCUCGACAGGAAAGGGUACCACGCCGACGAGUACUACAACCGCCUGCCCGAGCUCAAACAGGCCAUCGACCAGAUCGCCGUGGGCUUCUUCAGCCCCAAGCAGCCUGACCUGUUUAAAGAAAUUGUCAACAUGCUCAUGCAUCACGACAGAUUCAAAGUAUUUGCAGACUAUGAAGACUACAUUAAAUGCCAGGAGAAGGUCAACGAUCUUUACAAGAACCCCAGGGAAUGGACCAGGAAAGUGAUCCACAACAUCGCCGGAUGCGGUAAGUUCUCCAGCGACCGCACCAUCGCCCAGUACGCCCGUCAGAUCUGGGGCAUGGAGCCCACGCUGGAGAAGCUCCCCGCUCCCGACGGCAUGUGACACGUCCACGAGGCCCAAACCCCCGCUUCCGUCGCGCCACCAAAACCUUUGGAACCUUCACCUUUGUAGAAGCUACUGUGUGACAGGGAAAAAAAAACCUUCUCCAAACCCAGAAAACAGAUAAUUGGCUGCAGUGAGCUGGAUAAAAAAAUCAUUGGGGAGGCUUCACAAAUUUAAUGUUUUUUUAUAAACACAAUAAAGUCUACAAAAAAACGUC